AUGUCAAUUUUAUUUCCAGUUGUAAAGACUUCAUUUUCUUCCUUAAGUGACCCUAAACUGCACUUCUUUUCCUUUAUCAUCUUAUUACACUCUUCUCUUGACACCUCUAACAUUUCUGAAGAUACUGGCUCAGUUAUUGGGACAUUAGUAAUAGAAGUAUAUUUCUUAACUAUCUUGCGUAUUUUUCUACAGGCCCACGCGUCAGUCGCAUAUUCUAAGUCGUUAAGCAUAUAAACAGUUCUUGUUUGUGAAAUAGGCGCGUGCGA